AUGAUUUUUUGGUGUAGAUAUUCAAAAUUGUAUGUAAAGCUGGAACGAUUAAUUCCUCCAAACCCUGUUGUGAAGCGUUUGAAGGCAAUGGUGACUGUGUUGGUGAACACCUUACCAGUUGUUCAAAACAUGCUGAACCCGGCUUUACGAGAUCGCCAUUGGAAAAAGAUAGAAAUUAUAAUAGGCCGCAAGAUUGAAAGGAAUUCCCAAUUCACACUCAAUAAACUUUUGGAACUGAAAGUAAUGGAUUUCACAAAUGCAAUUGUGGAAGUAUCUAAUGAGGCAACACAAGAAAUGGGUCUUGAAGAACUUAUGUCAAAAGUCCAAGAAAGAUGGACAACUGUUGAGUUUGUGGUGAAGCCUUUCAAAGACAUGAAGGAUUCAUAUAUUCUAGAUGGUGUGGAUGAGGUCUAUUCGGCUUUAGAUGAAUCAAUGGUAACUAUGAAUACUAUCACAUCCUCAAGAUUUGUAACGGGGAUCCGAAUGGAGGUUGAGAAAUUAGAAGGGCAAUUGAAGCACUUUAGAAAGGUUCUUGACCAAUGGUGUGAAGUUCAAAAACAAUGGAUGUAUCUUGAAAGCAUAUUUAGUGCGCCUGAUAUCCAACGCCAAUUACCAAAUGAAAGCAAAGCAUUUUUUGCGGUUGAUAAGCAAUUCAAAGACAUUAUGAAGCGAACGCAUGAUAGACCAAAUGCUCUUCAAUCUGGAUUGGCAACUGGAUGGCUUGAAAUAUUUCAAAAAAGUAAUGAAACAUUAGAAAAGAUUCAAAAGAAUUUGGAAGACUACCUUGAAACCAAGCGAAUGGCAUUUCCACGCUUCUAUUUCUUAUCAAAUGAUGAAUUGAUUGAAAUUCUUGCGCAAACAAGAAAUGUUCAAGCUGUGCAACCUCACAUGUCUAAAUGCUUUGAUGGAAUCAGAAGUUUAGAUUUUGGUGAGGACCCCAAAAGCAUAGAUAUAUUUGCCAUGAUUUCAAGUGAGGGUGAGCGCAUCACACUUGGAAAGAACCUCAAAGCUCGUGGGAAUGUAGAGAAUUGGCUCACAGCAGUGGAACAAAACAUGGUGUCUAGCCUUCAAAGGCUUGCAAAGCAUGCUUAUGUGGAGUAUGCACAGAAACCUCGUGGACAAUGGGUGCUCAUGCAUGCAGCACAAUUGGUUGUCAUGAUCUCACAAGUUUAUUGGGCAAGGGAAGUAGAGGCUUGUUUUCUUCAAGCAGUUGAACCUGAACUAACAAAAUUCUUAAAGAAAAAUGUUGAUCAGUUAGAAGAACUCUCUGUUUUAGUGUGUGGAGAUCUUCAUGCACUGCAAAGAAAAAUUCUGACUGCUCUUAUCACCAUUGAUGUGCAUGCACGUGAUAUUGUUGAUAAUUUACUCAGCAAUAAGACAUUUAAAGGGACAGAAUUUGGGUGGCAAAUGCAAUUGCGCUACUAUUGGGAUGAUGAGGUGGAGGAUUGUGUGGUGAGGCAAACAAAUGCAGUGUUUCACUAUGCGUAUGAAUACUUGGGAGCUCAAAUGCGCUUGGUGAUCACACCGCUCACUGACCGAUGCUACAUGACCUUAACUGGAGCCUUGCACUUGAAGCUUGGUGGAGCCCCGGCUGGCCCUGCGGGUACGGGCAAAACCGAAACCACCAAAGACCUUGGGAAAGCCCUUGGCAUCCAAUGUGUGGUGUUUAAUUGUGGAGAAAACCUUGAUUACAAGUUCAUGGGGAAAUUCUUUGCAGGAUUGACUCAAUGUGGAGCAUGGGCGUGUUUUGACGAAUUCAACCGAAUUGACAUUGAAGUGCUCUCGGUGGUGGCACAACAACUUUUGACCAUUCAAAAUGCAUUGAAAGCUGGGCACUCAAAAUUUAAUUUUGAAGGGAGGGAGAUAAGGCUCAUUUCCACGUGUGGCGUGUUCAUCACCAUGAAUCCUGGGUACGCAGGGCGCACAGAAUUGCCAGACAAUUUGAAGGUGUUGUUUCGGCCGGUGUCCAUGAUGAUCCCCGAUUAUGCCCUUGUGGCUGAAGUCAUGCUCUUCUCUGAAGGCUUUGCCAAUGCAAAAACACUAUCAAGAAAAAUGGUGAAGUUGUACAAGUUAGCAAGUGAGCAAUUAAGUCAACAAGAUCACUAUGACUUUGGGAUGCGGGCCGUGAAGUCUGUGUUGGUAAUGGCAGGCUCAUUAAAACGAGCAAAUCCAGACCUUGUGGAAGAUGUUGUUCUCAUCCGAGCAUUCAAAGAUAGUAACCUCCCCAAAUUUCUCCGAGCAGAUGCUGAUUUAUUCAUGGCUAUUAUUGGAGACCUGUUUCCAGGUGUGGUGAUCCCCAGGCAAGACUUUGGUGCCAUUCAAAAUGCAAUUGAGAAUUGCCUUGAGGCACAUGGAUAUCAAGCAGUGGCCACAUUUGUGAUCAAAAUCAUACAAUUGUUUGAGACCAUGAAUGUUAGGUUUGGGGUGAUGACCAUAGGCCCCACAGGUGGAGGCAAGACGGUGUGUUGCCGUAUGCUGCAAAAGGCCAUGACAAAACUCCGCAAUGAUGGAAACCCUAACCCAGCAUUCCAAGUAACACACGCCUUUGUGCUAAACCCUAAGUGCAUUAAGAUGGGUGAGCUCUAUGGAGAGUACAAUCUACUUUCAAAUGAGUGGACGGAUGGGCUUGGGAGCACCAUCAUUCGUGGUUGUGUAGCUGAUACCACACUGGACCAGAAGUGGGUGGUGUUUGAUGGGCCAGUGGAUGCGAUUUGGAUCGAGAACUUGAACACUGUGUUGGAUGACAAUUGUGUGCUGUGUUUGCCCAAUGGGGAGCGCAUCAAGCUAAAUGCAACCACCAUGCGCAUGUUGUUUGAAGUGCAGGAUUUGGCUGUGGCCUCACCUGCCACUGUCAGUCGUUGUGGUAUGGUUUAUGUCCCACCUGAGGAGCUUGGCUGGCGCCCUUUUGUUCGCUCAUGGUUGCAACGCUUCCCUCGUGAGCUUGCCCUGCAUAUGCCCAAACAGGUGGCAGACUACAUUUACAUGUUGUGUGACACAUGGAUUGACAAGGGGUUAAAAUUCUUGAGGACAAAAUGCCAAGAAAACAUCCCAUCCAUGGACAUCAAUAUUGUCACAUCAUUGUGUUGUCUAAUGCAAGCACUUCUUCAACCGAGCCGCGGAGUAAAUGUUAAUCUAUCCAUUCUUAAAGAAGGAGAAUUAGAUGAAACGGUGAUGGCAAAUUUGAGCCGCAUCUUUGGGUGGGCCUGCAUUUGGUCCAUUGGAGGAAACAUAGACCACAAAAGUAUUGAAGGCUUUGAUGUAUUCUUUAGAACAGAAUUUGAAACACUCACCAUCUUUCCAGGAUCUGACACUGUCUAUGAAUAUUUUGUCAAUGUGAAAGAUCAGAACCUUGCUCCAUGGGAGGAUGUAAUUAAAGAGUUUAAAUAUGUCUCCGAAACAUCAUUUUUUGAACUCAUGGUACCCACAUUAGACACAACAAGAUUGGGAUUUAUUAUGGAGAUAUAUCUUGAGGUGGAUAAAGCAAUUCUAUUCCAAGGAGUGUCGGGUGUAGGCAAGAGUGCCAUUGUCAUGGAUCUCAUCACAAGGCUGCGUGAGAAAAAAAAUUACAUGUCCAUUGUCCUCAAUUUUAGUGCUCAAACAACUGCAAUUGCAACUCAGGAAUCCAUUGAAGCCAAAUUGGAAAAAAAGCAUCGGACACGGUUUGGAGCUCCAAGUGGAAAAAAGAUCAUUUGCUUUGUUGAUGAUGUAAACAUGCCUUUGCGUGAGAAAUACUUUGCUCAACCUCCAGUGGAAUUGCUCCGGCAGUUUUUAGAUUUCCGAGGGUUUUACGACCGCCAAUUGUUGUUUUGGAAAGACAUUGAGGACAUGACCAUUGUGGCUGCCUGUGCUCCACCCGGUGGAGGCCGCAAUGAGGUGACGCCAAGAUUCAUCCGGCAUCUAUCCAUGGUGUGUGUGCAACCUCCAACUGAGGGGAGUUUGCGGAUGAUAUUCCGGGGCAUUCUCGAAGGAUUUCUAGGGGGAUUAGGGUUUGCGGCGGAGUGCAAGGGCAUGGUGAAGCCCAUAGUGGAUAGUAGCAUUGAGACCUACUCACACAUUAGUCAUGAGCUCCUCCCCACCCCCACCAAGUCCCACUACACCUUCAACCUCCGUGAUGUCUCCAAAGUCUUCCAGGGGAUUUUGAUGGUGAAACCAAUAGAUUGUAAUACUAAGAAGCAAUUGAAGCUACUAUGGGUCCAUGAGAGUAUGCGUGUCUUCCACGACCGGCUUGUAGAUCAGAAUGACAAAACUUAUUUCUUAGGGAUUUUGUAUGAGCUGUUGAAAAGGAACUUUGAAGAGGUUGCUAGUUUUGAAGAUGUUUUUGAACACCAAAUUAUAAUGUUUGGGGAUUGGUUAAGGCCAGGGUAUGAGAAAGAAGAUAGGAGAUAUGAACAAGUUUUAGAUUACAGCAAAGUUCCCCAAUUGUUGAAAGAUUAUUUGGAAGAUUAUAAUAUGACCACAACAAAUAUCAUGAAGUUGGUCUUUUUCAAGGAUGCCAUUGAGCACAUAUCACGUAUCACACGAGUUCUGCGUCAACCUCGAGGGAAUGCCAUGUUGGUUGGGGUUGGAGGAUCUGGAAAACAAAGUCUUACUCGGUAUGCAUGCUUUUUGGCAGAGUAUCAAUGCUUCCAAAUUGAACUCACAAAAGGCUAUGGAAAUGCAGAGUUCCGAGAAGAUUUGAAGGAAUUAUACAAAAUUUCUGGCAUUGAUGGCAAGCCAGUCACAUUUCUACUAUCGGACACUCAAAUUGUGAAUGAAGGAUUUGUGGAGGACAUCAACAAUCUUUUGAACUCGGGAGAGGUACCGGGAUUGCAUACAUUGGAUGAGAAAGACCAAGUGAUGGUAGAAAUUAGAGAUUAUGUGUUUGCACUUGGGUUACCACUUACCAAAGAGCAAUUGUACACCUCAUUUAUAAAUAGGUCUCGUGAAAAUAUCCAUGUGGUACUUUGCAUGAGCCCCAUUGGUGAUGCCUUCCGUAGUCGGUGCCGACAAUUUCCUUCGCUCAUUAACUGCACCACAAUUGAUUGGUUCAAUGAAUGGCCAAAAGAAGCCCUACUUUCUGUUAGUUCUUACUUCUUGGAAUCCGUGGAUUUGGGCUCAUUUGAGAUCAACAAAAAAAUUGCAACUUUUUGUGUGGGCGUGUACACUUCAGUGUCAGACAUGGCUGAUAAGUUUUAUGCUGAAAUGCAAAGAAAGUAUUACAUAACUCCCAAAUCUUAUUUGGAUUGUGUGAAUCUAUAUAUUACAUUAUUGAAUGAAAAACGACUUGAAAGCAUCAGUGCUCAAGAUCGUUUCUUAAAUGGUCUCAACAAGUUAAAGGAAACCAAUGAGCUGAUUGCAACAAUGAAGGUUGAGUUGGACGAAUUGGCACCAAUUUUAGCAGAAAAAUCAGAUAUUACAAAUAAACUACUCGCCCAAGUUGCAAGUGAUCAAGCAGCUGCACAAACUGUGAAAGACAUAGUGGCACAAGAAGAGGCCCAAGUGAAAGUGCAAGCAGAAUCCACACAAUUAAUCAAGGAUGAUGCCCAACGGGACUUAAAUGCGGCAUUGCCCGCCUUGAAUGCUGCAUUGGCGGCCCUCAACUCUCUCAACAAAAACGACAUCACGGAAAUCAAAUCCUUCUCCAAACCCCCUCUCUUGGUCCUCACCACCAUGGAAGCCGUGUGCAUUCUUUUUGGCCAAAAACCUGAUUGGGACACUGCCAAAAAAGUUAUGAGUGAUACAGGGUUCAUCAAAUCCCUGAUUGAGUUUGACAAAGAUAAUAUUUCAGAAGUCAUGCAGAAGAAGCUGUCAGUGUACAUAAACAACCCAAAUUUUCUACCAGAAUUUGUGGUGAAACAAAGCAAAGCAGCCACGAGUCUGUGUAUGUGGGUGAGGGCCAUGGAUGUCUAUGCUAAUGUGUCCAAAGUUGUUGCCCCUAAAAAAAUUGUGUUAGCAAAAGCAGAGGCUGAGUUAAUGGCUGCAGAUGCCAUGUUAGCACAAAAACAAACCCAAUUAGCAGAAGUUGAAGAACAAGUGAAUGCAUUGGUUGAAAAUUUAAAACGUGUAGAAAAUGAUUUGGCCCAAUUGAAAGGGCAAGCUCUGCUCACAGAAAAUCGCUUGAUCAGAGCAGGAAAAUUAACAGCUGCUCUUGGUGAUGAAGCCGUGAGGUGGAAAGAAACGGCCAUAAGUAUUGAAGAAAAAAGGAAAUUACUUGUUGGAGAUGUGUUUUUAUGUUGUGCAUGCAUUUCCUAUUAUGGAGCUUUCUCUGGGGCCUACCGAGAAGUCCUUGUUGGCAAUUGGAUUACUUAUUGCUUGGAACAAAAAAUACCAUGCUCAGAAAAUUUUACAUUGCGAGGUCUGUUGGCAACACCAGUUGAGGUAAGAGAAUGGAAUAUUUGGGGCCUUCCAAGUGAUGAUGUAUCAGUUGAUAAUGGCAUUCUGGUCACUCGUGGACGUAGAUGGCCUCUCAUGGUAGAUCCCCAAGGUCAAGCAAAUAGUUGGAUAAAAGCAAUGGAAAGCAAGAAUGGGUUGAGAGUUGUGCGGCUGACGGACAUAAAUUUGUUGAGAAUUUUAGAAAGCAGCAUCCGGCUUGGGAAUCCUGUACUACUUGAAGAUAUUGGAGACACUCUUGAUCCAGCUUUAGAACCCAUUCUUCAAAAACAAAUAUUUUUUAAGCAAGGAAGGUGGCUCAUACGAAUGGGAGACACAGAUGUGGACUAUGACCACAACUUCAAAUUAUAUAUGACAACCAAAGUAGCGAAUCCACAUUACAUGCCAGAUGUUUGCAUCAAAGUGACACUUGUGAACUUCAUUGUCACAAUGAGAGGAUUGGAAGACCAACUAUUGGGUGAGGUUGUGAGAAAGGAAAGAUCCGACUUAGAGGAGCAAAAUGACCGACUUGUCAUCUCGAUAAGUAGUGAUAAAAAACAACUCAAAGACCUUGAGGACAAGAUAUUGAAAAUGUUGAAAGAAAGUGAAGGGAAUAUUUUAGACAACAUGGUUCUCAUCAACACCUUAGAAAUCUCCAAAGUGACUUCGGGGAUUAUCACAGAGCGUGUCAAACAAGCUGAAGUCACCGAGCAAGAGAUUAGGGCAGCCCGGGAAUUAUAUCGCAUAGUUGCCAACCGUGGAUCUAUAUUGUAUUUUGUGAUUAGUGAUCUUGCUUUGAUUGACUCAAUGUAUCAAUACUCAUUAACAUUCUUUAAUCACAUGUUCAAUCUUUGUAUAGACUUGGCUCCAAAAGCCGAUGGAUUGAAUGAACGAUUGGAUAUCUUAGUCCACUUCAUAACCGAGUAUAUGUACUUCAAUGUUAGCCGAGGAUUGUUUGAAGAGCAUAAACUCACCUUCUCAUUCCUCAUUUGCACCACUAUUAUGCACCACAGUGGGUCAAUUAAUCCUUUGGAAUGGAGGUUCUUUCUAUUAUAUGCUGCAGGUGCUGAUCCCCGCAAAGGCUCCCUACAAAAACCAAAUGUGGAUUGGAUCCCUGAGAAAGUUUGGACCAACCUUUUGCUUUUGGAAGAGAUACCCACCCGCACUUUUCAAACAUUGUGUGCUGGCAUAGCCAAAGACCCAGAGAUAUGGAAGCCUAUAUUUGUUCACUCGGACCCCCACAUGCAACCCAUGCCAGGGAUAUGGUGCACGGAUGUAACCCUAUUUCAGUGGCUCAUGUUGCUGAAAGUCAUCCGCGAGGAAAAGCUUCUCUUUGCUUGCGAGCUCUUCAUUAGCAAAGAGCUGGGCAAGCAAUACAUUGGGUCCAAGCCCCUUUUGCUUGAUGAUGUGUUUCCCGAUUCAUCCAAUGUGACCCCCAUCAUAUUCAUCCUCUCAACAGGGGCGGAUCCAUCUGGAAUGCUACAGCGGUUUGGAGACAAGCAAGAAAGGCGUGCAGGAGAACGCCUCCACAUGAUAUCCCUUGGUCAAGGGCAAGGCCCUAUUGCAGAAACCCUAAUUUCUCAAGCCAAGCGCUCUGGCGAUUGGGUUUGCUUGCAAAAUUGCCAUCUUGCGAGCUCAUGGAUGACACCCAUGGAACGCAUCAUAGAACGGUUCUCGUCCGACCGCAAUGAAAUCCAUGUGGAGUUUCGCCUCUGGCUCACCUCCUUGCCCUCAUCCAAGUUCCCCGUCUCAGUUCUCCAAAAUGGGAUCAAGCUCACCAAUGAACCUCCCAAAGGGUGCAAAGCAAAUCUUUUGCAAACAUAUGCAAGCUUUGGGGAUGAAUUUGUGGAAACAUGCUCUAAAAGAGCACCUUGGAAGAAAUUGAUGUUUUGUAUCUCUUUCUUUCACGCUGUUAUACAAGAAAGGAGGAAAUUUGGACCAUUGGGAUGGAACAUAAAGUAUGAUUUCAACAACAGUGAUUUAGAGUGUGCACUUUGUACAUUGUUCAUGUUUUUGGAGGAGCAAGAAGAAAUCCCUUGGCCUGCAUUGCUCUAUGUGACAGGAGAAAUCAAUUAUGGAGGGAGAGUUACGGACGACCUAGACCGACGGUGCCUCAUGAGUAACCUUCGACACUUUUACAACCCAGUGGUCCUUGUAGACAGCUACAAGUUUACAAACUCAGGCAUCUACAAACCACCACAAGAAGGGGUCCGACUUGAUUAUAUAGAAUACAUCAGGUCAUUGCCAAAUAGUGAAGGACCAGAUGUGUUUGGAAUGCACGAGAAUGCAUUGAUAACAUUCCAACUCCAAGAAAGCAACAAGAUAUCAAAUGUGAUCUCAAGCAUUCAACCACGAGCAAGUGGGGGAAGCAGAGGAAAGAGCCCCGAUGAAGCUGUGGGCAAUCUCGCACAACACAUUGCCCUUAAUUUGCCGAGUGCCUUGGACCCCCUCCUUGCCAAGCAAGCUGUGGCAACCUCUCCUUCUGGGAUUAGCUCGCCUAUGAGCUCGCUCACAGUGGUUCUUUUUCAAGAAUGUGAAAGGUUCAAUAAACUAUUAAGAGUGAUGGUGUUCACAUUAGCUGAAUUGCAACGCGCAAUCAAAGGAUUGGUUGUUAUGUCUGCUGAAUUAGAAAGCAUGUUUAACAACUUUUUAUCAAAUCAAGUUCCCGAACUAUGGAAAUCAGUGGCUUAUCCAUCGUUGAAGCCGCUUGCAUCAUGGAUGAUAGAUUAUCAUAAGCGGAUGGAUUUCAUGCUGACGUGGAUUUUAACAGGAGAGCCCAAGUCAUUUUGGCUUCCUGGGUUUUAUUUUCCUCAGGGAUUUAUGACAGGGGCAUUGCAAACACAUGCUCGAAAGUAUAAAAUCCCUAUUGAUACAUUGAGUUUUAGUUUCUCCGUCCUCCAAACAGAAAAUGAAAAUGAACUUCAAGAGGCACCCGAAAAUGGGAUCUACAUCUACGGUCUCUAUCUUGAUGGCGCUCGUUGGAACCGUGAUGGGCAUUUCUUAGCAAAAGCCAAUUCAGGUGAAAUGUAUUCAAAGCUUCCAGUGCUACAUUUCAUACCCAUGGUCAAUUAUGUACCACCAGCAGCAAAUUACGAGUGCCCACUUUACAAAACGCAUGUGAGAGCAGGAGUUUUGACAACAACGGGAGCAUCAUCCAAUUACAUUUUGAACCUAAGCCUAAAUAUUGACCCUCUCACAUUUCCAGACUUUUGGAUUUUACAAGGAGUGGCUUCAUUGUGCCAAGUUGUGUGACAACAAGGCAAGGCUUGUCACAUUUAUCAUUUUUUGAUAUCACUCUUCUAUUAUCUUUCUUUGUAUAUUUUGUAUUGUGGUCAUGUAGGAAAAGAAAAGACAAAAAAAAAGAAAAAGAAAAAGAAAAAGAAACUACAUGAGCAAUAAUUGUUGGGUUGACAUUUUUGAUGGAUUUAGAUUUAUUGGAAAAAAGAACUGAGGUCUAUUUUUUUUUGUGUUUUUAUUGGGAAAGGUGAUAGCCAGAGUUUCAGAACAGCUAACUAGGUUUUUAAUAAAUGGAACAAAUGGAUAGAAAAAAAACUAAGUUCAUGUGGUACAAUGUGAUGAUUCAAAUAUUGAAUGAGUAAAUUGUUCUGAAAAUUUUCAGAAGAAGCUGCUUUUUAUUUUUA